AUGGAACGACUUACAGAAACACAUCUACAAACAGCGAAAAGGGUACUACGGUAUGUGAAGGGUACAAUUAGUUUUGGAGUGUUCUACAAAAAGGGAGGAACUGAAGAACUCGUUGGCUACACAUAUAGCGAUUAUGUCGGUGAUCAGAACGAUAGAAAGAGCAUAUCUGGGUAUGUUUUUACUCUGAGUUCAGGAGCAAUUUCUUGGUCUUCAAAGAAACAACCAGUAGUCACUUUCUCAACUACCGAGGCUGAAUUCAUCGCAGCAUCUAGUGCUUGUCAAGCUGUGCAGUUAAGAAGAAUCUUGGAGCAGCUUAAUCAUGGUCAAUACAAACCAACGGUGAUUCAUUGCGAUAAUGUUUCAGCAAUUAAAUUGUCAAAGAAUCCAAUCAUGCAUGGUCGGAGCAAACAUAUUGACGUACGAUUUCAUUUUCUUCGAAAUAUCGUCAAAGAUGAAGUUGUUGAAUUAGUGCAAUGUUCAACUCAGGAGCAAGUUGAAUUAGUGCAAUGUUCAACUCAGGAGCAAAUUGCAGAUAUCCUGACAAAACCACUAAGGCUCGAAGUGUUCGUGAAGAUGCGUGAUCUCAUGGCCAAUAUUCAUGAAAUCAAGGAUCUUAGAAUAACAGAAAUCUUGAAGGCGACUGACAAUUUCAAUCAUGCAAAGAUGUUUCAGGUUCUUGCUGUCUAUGAUGUAUGCUUCAGGGAAAAUCGUGACAUCUUUGCGUGGUCACCUUCCGACAUACCCGACAUUGAUCCCAAGAUAGCUUGCCACAAGCUGCACGUUGACCUUGCUGCCAAACUGGUGAUCCAAAAAAGAAGACAUUUCGCACCUGAGCAAGUAGCGAUCAUUGAAGCAGAAAUUGACAAGCUAUUGGAGGUCGGAUUCAUAGAAGAAGUAGCACACUCAGCAUGGCUUGCCAACAUUAUGCUAGUAAAGAAGAAAGAGAAAGGAAAAUGGAGGGUUUGCGUAGACUACACUAACCUUAACAAAGCAUGCCCAAAUGAUCCUUAUCCACUUCCCCGAAUUGAUCUAUUAGUAGAUUCAACUUCUGGGAACCAGCUGCGUAGCUUCUUGGACGCAUACUCCGGCUACAACCAAAUAGUCAUGUAUGAGCCCAAUAAGGAGAAAACCGCGUUCGUGAUUGAGCAAGGCACCUACUGCUACAAGGUUAUGCCCUAUGGCCUCAAGAAUGCAUGA